AUGAGCACACCCCUUCCUUCCUCCUCGCUCUCCCUCCUUAACCUCUUCCCUCUCACCCUUCCCUUCCACUGCUUCUCCCUCCCGCCGUCCGCUUCCCACUCCAGAUCCGCGCGCUCGUUCUGCGUGCAAACCACCACCACCGCCAUUACCCCCGCCCCCUACUCCGCCUCCGGCAGCGACCAAGCCCUUCUCCUCCUCCUCCGCCAGAGGAAGACCGACGAGGCGUGGGCGGUGUACGAGGCGUCAUCCCCUCACCACCUCCCCAAUUCCACCUGCCUGAGCCGCCUGGUCUCCCAACUCUCCCUCCAAAACUCCCCUCUCUCCCUCGCACGCGCUCAGUCCAUCCUCACGCGCCUCCGCCAUGACCGCGAGCUCCACCGCCUCGACGCCAACUCCCUCGGCCUCCUCGCCGUCUCCGCCACCAAGUCCGGCCAGCUCCCUUACGCCGCCUCCGUCAUCAACUCCAUGCUCCGCUCCGGCUACCUCCCCCACGUCAAGGCCUGGUCCGCGGUGGUCAGCCGCCUGGCCUCCUCCCCGGACGACGGCCCCGUCUUGGCCCUAAAGCUCUUCAAAUCCAUAGUCCGACGAGUGCGGAAAUUCCCCGACCCGGAGAUGGUCCGCGAUUCCAUGCCGGACACUGCCGCUUUCAACAACGCUCUCAACGCUUGCGCCAACAUCGGGGACACCAAAACGUUCCUCCAACUGUUCGACGAAAUGCCUGAGCUCGGUCUCCAUCCCGACAUCUUGACCUACAAUGUCAUGAUAAAGCUCUGCGCCCGUUGCAACAGGAAGGACUUGAUGGUGUUCGUCGUCGAGUUUGCAAUCCAGAAGGGAGUCCCGUUCUGUAUGACCACUCUCCAUUCCCUCGUGGCGGCUUAUGUAGUGUUUGGGGAUCUAGAAACUGCUGAGAAGCUGGUUCAGGCCUUGAGAGAAGGAAGGAGAGAUUUGUGCAAGAUUAUGAGGGAGGCGAAUGACGAGGCAUCGAGGGAAGACGACGACGAUGAAGAUGAUGAAGAUGAAAAUGGGAAUGUAGAUGAUGAGGCAGUCGUGUUUGAGAAGUUGCUUCCUAAUUCCGUUGAAGAUGGUAACGAAACCGAGCCACCAUUGCUGCCUAAAUCUUACUCUCCAAACUCAAGACUAUACACGACAUUGAUGAAAGGGUACAUGAAGCAAGGUCGAGCUGCUGACGCUGUUAGAAUGCUGGAAGCGAUGAGGCAUCAGGACGACCAAGCGAGCCAUCCUGAUCACGUCACGUAUACAACGGUGGUCUCUGCUUUUGUGAAGGUGGGUGCCAUGGAUCGAGCUCGGCAAGUGCUGGCCGAGAUGGCGAGGAUUGGUGUGCCGGCGAAUAGGAUUACAUACAACAUUCUCUUGAAGGGGUAUUGUCAGCAGCUGCAGAUCGACAAAGCAAAGGAGCUGUUGAUGGAGAUGACAGGUAAUGCUGAAAUUGAACCUGAUGUUGUUUCGUACAACAUUUUGAUCGAUGGGUGUAUAAAGGUGGAUGAUAGCGCCGAGGCCCUUAGUUUCUUCAACGAGAUGCGAGCGAAAGGGAUUCCGCCAACCAAGAUCAGCUACACUACGCUGAUGAAAGCCUUCGCCUCGUCUGGUCAGCCGAAGCUGGCUCACAAGGUGUUUGACGAAAUGCUGAAGGAUACACGAGUCAAAGUUGAUUUGGUCGCCUGGAACAUGUUGGUGGAAGGGUAUUGCAAGAUAGGGUUGGUUCAGGAGGCGAAGAGAGUGAUAGAGAAUAUGAAGGAGAAUGGGUUUUACCCUGAUGUGGCUACUUAUGGAAGUCUAGCCAAUGGGAUAUCGUUGUCAAGAAAACCAGGAGAAGCUCUUCUGCUGUGGAAGGAAGUGAAGGAUAGGUGCGAAGCGAGGAAAGGAGAGAAGAAUUCAGAAGCGGAUUCUGUUGUCCCGCGGUUGAACCCUGAUGAAGGGCUGCUUGAUACUCUGGCUGAUAUCUGCGUGAGAGGUGCCUUCUUCCAGAAGGCAUUGGAGAUUGUGGCCUGCAUGGAAGAGCAUGGAAUACCACCAAACAAGUCCAAGUACAAGAAGAUUUACGUGGAGAUGCAUUCCAGGAUGUUUACGAGUAAACACGCUUCACAAGCGAGGCAGGACCGGAGGAAGGAGAGGAAGAGAGCUGCCGAGGCUUUCAAGUUUUGGUUGGGUCUGCCGAAUGAGUACUAUGGGAGCGAGUGGCGACUUGACCCCUUGGUUGAGGAUAGAUUCCUUUGA